AUGUCCUCAAGAAUUGUAGUUGGCAGUCUAGCUGCUGUAACUGCAGGUUACCUAGUUUAUAAAAAUAAUGUCCAAGACGACGUUAGUUUCCCAUACAAGAAAUUGGAACUUCCAAAACCUGCUACCUUGACAAAUAACAACAGUUUGGAAAACUCGAAACAUUCAGCUAUUGGCAAGGCCCAUCACGACUCCAAGACCAUAUUCAACUGGGGGUUCUCAGAAGCUGAGCGUAACAAGGCCAUUGCAAUUGGUGAGUAUGACAUGACUAACCAGAAAUUACAAGACUUGAUGUCUUUGAAAGGUACACCAAACGCUCCAUCAGAAUUGGAUGCUAUGAUUCAAAAUUCGAAGAUGCAAUUGAGUGAAAAGGAGGCUAACCUACAAAAGGCUAAUGAAAUUUACAACAGGUACACUGCAAAUGAUGAUUUCAACUCGUUGGCAUCAAAGCUAGAUCAGCAAGAUGAAAAUUAUAUUCAUGGCAAGACAUCUUUCUUCAAAUGGUUGACACAUAACGGUUUGGAUGACGCCGAAGAGAUGGUAUACCAGGAAGGUGCCAAGAAAGUGGAUGAAAUUGCAAGUAACAGUGUCUAUGGUUGGGGUGAGAAUGCCCAGGAGUUUGCUCGUGAAGAGAAGCUGGAAGCAUUGAGAAGCGCCAAGGAGGGUCCAAGUGAGGCUCAACAGAAGUUGGAUGAAUUGAAGAAGAUCAAGUCCAAAGGCUGGCUAACCUAUGGUAAGACCCCAGAUGUUGAAAGGAAAGUUGCACAAAACACUGCUGAAUCGUUGAAAGGAUGGGGUGAGAGUGCUGCUCAAUGUGCUAAUGAUGAAGUUGAAGACAUUAAAUUGCAAUUUGAGAAUGUUUUAUCAUUGGACGACGCUAAACGUAAUGCAGAUGAGAAAUGGGAGUUGUUGAAGAAAUGUAAGGAAGAGUAUGCACAUGAUUUUGAAAACAAGGACAAGAGUAAUUUUUUAUGGCGCAGACUUUUCUCUUCUUCUUCAAAGAGCAGCCCUGAUGAGAUACACAAGGCCAUUGAACAAGAUGUUGUUGCUCACAAUGCCAAAAAACAAUUAGAAGUUGCACAACAGAACUAUGAUGUUGCCAUUGAUAUUUUAUCUAAAUAUAUUGAAGAUAAUUCGUUAUCUAACAAUAAAGAAUUAAAGAAUCAUCAUGGUAAACUAGCUGGGAAACUAUGGGACCAUAUGAAUGAAUCUAAAUAG